AUGACAACUUUUGCGGUUGUUCAAUACGAAAGCGUGCGACGAGGGACCCUAAACUCGGGCGUUUUGAAAGCAGUUCGAGUUAAAGAUGAUGUUUCCGAAGACGAACUUGAAAAGCGUGCGGAUAUCAGAAAGCGUAAUCGACGGUCGGGUAAAAAUGACGUCCUUGGUAUUCAUAGCAGAGACUACCGUAACUCAUUGUACAAGUCGCAGAUCGGGUUAAUCUACCUCAAACCCAUUGUUGGUUACUCUACGUCAGUAUAUUUCCACGCAAAGAGAGAUUUUAAUCAAGGAAAUCGAAUUGAGGAUCAUGAUAGUAGGUAUGCGCGACAGCUAUGAACUUAACUUAACGUAAACAUUGGUCAAAUCUUGAUUCAGAUUAACUGUAGAUUUGAUUUAAAUUAUCAGGUUUGUGGUUGACGGUUUUAUAAAAUUUAGCUUGUCUCGUGCGCGUUGGCCUUCGCUGCCAUUUCUCACGACGAAUGGAAUGUGCCGAUUUCUCAGUUAAUCUGUCAGUAAUCAAAAGUAUUUCAUACUAGAUCUGAAGCUGAGAGAGCAAGAUACCGUAUGCUAGGCUGCGAUGAAGUAGGAGGCCGUAGAAAUGUUGCUUCGGAUAAAGACUUCAUGGAUAAAAAUAAGGCGCUUAAGAAGUCUGACCAACAAAAUUCUGGUAAGAGAGUGUAUUCCAGCUUUUCGCCACGUUAUCAGGUGUUUUGCUUUUUACUGUAAAUUGCAAUAUUGCGUAAUGUAGGCUUUAUAUAGUAAAUAAAUUUUUCUUUUCCCUUUUACCUAUGUAUAAUUUUAUUUAUUUGCUUUUCCUCGGCUUAUUAGCUUAUUUAAUUACUGCUAGUGGUCUAACCAACCUCAUCAAUCCCGAGAUUAAAUGAAGCUUCAUUCAUUCAAUCUUCAUUUAAAUCUGAUCAUCGAUAUGCUGUCAAGUUAGUUUUAAUUUCUCUGUCGUUGGACUGAUAUCAGCUUUUCGAUUCUGGUUAAUAAGUUCAUAAUUACUUCUUUGUUUACCAUCCACGUUAACGUUCAAACGGACCGUGGUAGCAUCGACUUAAAUCUGUCUUUCGUCACGAAAAGUUGAACACAGAUUGGAAAGCGAGCUUUGUUCCUUACGUUCUAAAACUAUUACAUCCUAAAAAGUAUAAGAGUUUUUCUGCAGUAGGGCGCGAUGAGUAUAUAGCCGGAGGAUUUAAAAGGUUAUGCACAGGUUAUGCCUGCAGAGCCGGGCCAUGGGAUAGACUAUAAAGCCUGGUUUUCACUAGCGCAUACGCAUAAGCAUAAGGACAUACGCACGCGCAGAAUGGCAUAUUUGACACAAUUCUCGAUACCAGGUCUCCCCAACCCGAUGAUAAACAAGAUGGCGGACGAAGCGUCCGCCACAUUGCUUUUGAUAUGUUCGCAUGAGGUCUGGGUCAAAGUGACCUAUGAUUGGUCCAGGGCCUCGUUCUUAUGCUUGUGCUUAUGUCAACCCCGUUUUAACUAGUCAACGCUUCGACAUAAGCAUAAGCAUAAACACACGAGAAGAACGAACUUGUCCUUUUUUCUUGUGGUUACUACUCUUAUACUUAUGUCGACCCAGUUUUCGCUUGCUUAAACAUGACUGUGCUUGUACUUAUGCUUAUGCGCUAGUGAAAACCAGCUUAAGGACAGGCGUGAUACGAACGUGCGUUUUAGUCCCACUCAGACCUCGUGCUAAAACAAUAUUACGUUAAUCAUAACUAUAAAAAAAUUCUCAAAUCUGAUUGGCUAUCAACCAUCCUGGUUUAAAUAAAUAGGACACGUGUAAUAGGACAGUAACCGUCAUGCCUAUUGGACAGUACGGGCCAUCACGCGCGCGAGAUUAAAUGGCUUUUUUUCACUCUCGGAAUUUUCUUGUGCUUUAGUUUUAAAAAAGGCUAAAAUAUAUUAUUAUGGUUAUGAUUAAUUGGUAACAGUACUUCGUGUCGUACAAUUCGAUCUGUAAUACUCGUGCUUCUAGUCAAAUUGGAAUCCACUCAGUCCCAUUACCAUUAUUUAUUAAGGCAUGAACGUUGAUAUUAGGAGUUGAUUUACCAAUACAAACGUUAGACUAUAAGUUUCUUUUGAUUUCGCAGUCGAUCAACUGAUACCUAAAGAAAUAAGUUUGCACGAGAAGGACAAUCGUCGCAGUCAUCACACUGAUAAGUAUGAGCAUUCUAACUUGAUUGUGAGGAGGGGACAGAGCUUUGACGUCACAGUAACAUUUAACAGAGCUUAUGACGCUAGGAGAGACGUCAUCACCCUACAGUUUGCUGUUGGUAAGUAGCGUUUUUCCCAGAUUCUACAGACUUGAAGUCAGGGGAGGCUAGGAAACCCUAAAGAUAAGGUUGAAUAAUAUAUAAUUGCCGUGUUGUAAACACACUGUAACAACUAUCGCGGGUGAAUGGGUUAAACACUUUCUCCCGCAGUUGUGGGAGAAUGGCUGGAUAGAUAACACAGGCCACAAUGGAACUGUUCAAAACUUAUUCACACCUUUCUUAGGAGACGAGACCAGACAGUUUUCUGUCAGUUCUAUUCAGUACUUGUAAUCUUUAUUCUGUACACAAGGACUUGUGAAAACCGUGGUCUUUAGGAGAGCUAAUAGCAUUAGUAGAAAAGAUCCGUGGUUAGACCCUAUAUUGCGCUAACUCGUCAAAUUUCGUGCUCCGGGCUUGCUGAUUCCCUACAGUCCGUUUAAGCCUAUUUUGGUCCCAUUUGAGCCAUUUUAGCAAAAUUCGUUGUAAUGGCGUCAAGCUGCUUUGGCGGUACUAUGUAGUGGAACCCCUUUGCGUCUUUUUUUAUUUUCUUAUUUGUCAGGGUACCGCCCUCAACAAAGCAAAGGAUCGGUCAUUCGGGUGCCUAUAAGUCUCACAAAAGAAAGGGUUUACAAAGCAUGGUCAGCGAACCUCGCUCAAGUCAAUAAAGAAAGUGUGCGCCUUCAAGUGACUUCAGCAGUGGAUGCAGUUGUGGGAAAAUAUCAACUCUAUGUCGAAACGAAGACCGCAAUUCGAGGCUCAGACAAGCCAGAGGAGUAUCGUUACCAGCAUCCUGAAGAUAUCAUUGUGUUGUUUAAUCCAUGGUGCAGAGGUCAGUAAAUUGACAAAUUUUGCUUAUAUUUAGUAGUAAUGUGAUAUUCGUUGGUCUUACAAUGAUUAUGCACGACGAACAUACAUGAAUAAUGCAGGUUUUAGCAAACAGGCUCAAACCGAUCGUGGCUUUUUUAAUGACCGCACAGCAUUCUUAGCCGAAAAAAACUUGGGACACCAGAAAUAGGGUUACCGACUGGUGUGACAAUCACCUUUGCUCAAUUUAGGCAAGUCUUUGGCUGCAAAACAAAGAGUCCUCCUUUUGAUUUGACUUAUUUGGUUUAUUUUCCAUUUGUCUUUUUCGCGUAUAUUCAUUCUCUACUCGUUCACAGUUUUCGUUGCUUCUUAGUUUUCCCUGGCAAGGUUUAAUGAAAUUGUUUUAUUUGCUUUGAAUACGUUGGCCAGAGGAUUCUGUAUAUCUGGACCAGGAGGCCUUGCGCGAUGAGUACGUACUGAAUGAAAGCGGGCGCAUUUGGAUUGGAACAGCCAGGAAACACUGUGGAAUGCCUUGGAACUUUGGUCAGGUUCGUGUCGGCUAGGAUAAGCAACGACAACGGCGACGGUUAUGGAAACGUCACUUAAAAAGUGAAUUCGCGCUGCCUCAAACUUUAUCGCGCUUGUUCCAUCUCGUUUUAUUCGUCACAUGUUGGCAAAUUUCCUUGGAGUUGAAUUCUAAAGGACUCUAUCAAAAUUCAAGAAAAGACAAAGAAAGUUGUGGUCUUGUGUUCACGUCCUCGAAAAAACGUGAAAUUAUUCUGCACUUUCACGUCGUGCAACGACGGCUAAGAAAUGUACAAAAAGGCGUGAUACACGUGCAAAAUUGUUGUUUCGCCAAUCCAAACCUGUUGUUUUUUUGCCGUUCUGGUUACCGUCGCCGUCGUCGUUGUUAAGCCCCUAUAUAUUGUCGAUAUGGAGAGGCUACCAAAUUGAUUAUUACUCCAUACGGCAACAGAAUAGUACUUGACUCUUUAUCCAUCCAGGGACACUCUAGCUUUUGUCGAUGACCACCAACUUAUCAGUUGCUUUGUUGACAAAUCCUUGGUCAAUGAGAUUUGUAGGUGGAAGAGCGACUCAUUAUGGACGGGCGAACGGUUUCGCGCAACAAUCCGAAGAGUUUUUAUAGACAAAAUAAUAAUAAAAAUAAAAUAAACGGUAAAUAACACCCAAUAGGGUGUACUGUUGGUAAUGUUUAUUUAAUUAAAAAGAGCAAAAAGGAAAUUAUUUAUUGAAGCGCUGGCGGCUAGUUUAAUUUCUCAGAGAUCAAAACAGCUAGCAAUGCCUAUUUUACAACUGACAGUCGAAACGUAAACAUUAAAAGUCCACAAAUGAGUCCAACUCCCUUUCGCUUGAGUACUUAGCUUAUUACAAUAACUAACAGUUUUCAGGGGAAAAUACAGCAAAUAUGAUCCAGGACAGGUAUGAGAUGCGAACACUUUGAUUAAUUUUACUUGAACUACGUGAAUUCAAGCCAGCGUUAGAGUAAGAAACUAUUUCAAAGAGUCCAGUAAGUUGUGAAGUGCACAUUUGCUGUGCAGUUGCUAUUGCUAAUGAUUCAGCUCAAAUUCUCAUAAGGUAGAAUUCAAAUUAGAUUUUAAUAAAAGACACCGCUUAGUUUGAUGUAAAACAUUCGAGCCUUAAAAACCCUGCACUUCUAUCUGAGUUGUCGCUGUGCUGAGAUUUCAUAAUCCUUAGAGACUUAUGGGUAGAUCUUAAUAUGGUCGAAAUCCUUAAUUUCAGGACUAAAAAGAUCACAAGAAAAGUGUAAAACCGCUGGAAACUUAACAUUUAAAUUCUCUGCUGCAAUUUCCAAUGGGCUCCGUAACACUCAUUAAACGGUCAGGUCAAAAGGAAUAAAAGGAAGAAAGUUAAAUUUUCCACCUUUUGUUUUGUCCUUUUCAGUUCGAAGAUGUGUCUCUUAACUCUUGUUUGUGGCUGAUGGACAGAGCCCAGCUUGCGACAGCUGCGCGCGCAAAUCCUCUCAGGGUUUCACGUAGUAUCUCUGCCAUGGUAAGACUAAUAUAUGAAUAUAAAUUAUUGUCUACUCGACAAACCAUGAGGAAGACGUGCUUGGCUCUAUAUUGGCCCAGUAUGUUGAAGUGUUAUGGACCGAGAUUAAGUGCGGGUUUAUUUAAAAAAGUAAGAAAUAUCGAGGCCAAUUGACAAUUACCUUGAUUGAUCAAGCUUGGUAAGCAUUGAUUGAAUGUUAAGAAGAAUUUUUUCCGUUGAAUUAGAACAAAGGGGCGAUCUCGAGCGAGCAAGAAAGGCCCAUCUUGCCCUCUUGAGUAACCAAUGAGAACACAGAAUGUGUUUCCAUCAUCUUCACCACUCAUGAAGUUAUCCAGGAGAAAAAUAGUUAAAAAGAUAUGAUAUAAUACCGAGUUUUAGAAUCAAGUUUACCGUAAACGGAAAACAUUAGAACCAAGUUGACAAAAUCUCCACGAAAUAAAGACUCGGUCCAAAGUGCCUUUUUCUUAUAGAUGAAACUGAAAAAAACUAUUUGUUAAAGUGUGGACAUAAUAAACAUUUUUAAAUGAAGAUAUGAUCGUCGCAGUGGUAAUUGAAAUUUAUAAGCAAUUGCAAUUAACCCGAAAGAAUUUUUUUUUUUCCGCGUGGCUGAAAUUGAAAAUAUCCGGACGUAACGUUUGAAAUUGAUCUUAAUUAAACUAUCAAAUGUGACUAAAAUUCAAUACAACUGAACUAAAUAACCAUACUGAACUAACCAGAUCUUUGCCCUUGUUUCUCGAAUUAUUUCUCAUGAGGCCAGGAAAAUUCGUAAAUUUCGUUAUCAAGUGGACUGUAUUUAAGGAAAAAAAAAUAAAGUUGUGUUUGAGUAGUACUUGGCUGAUGUAGAUAUUCUCUGUGAAAUUAAAUAAGGCCUUUUCUUCCUGUUAUGGUAGGCAAACUUUAAUGACCAAGACGGUGGCGUUCUUCACGGUCGCUGGGAUGGUAACUAUCCCAGAGACACGACGGCUCCAACAUCCUGGUCAGGGAGUGUGGCCAUCUUGGAACAGUUUUGGCAGAAGAAGUGUGAUAUUAAGUAUGGACAGUGCUGGGUGUUUUCAGGACUUGUUACAACAUGUAUGUAUAAAAAAAACUGUUAAUUCUUUUAUGACCCCACUGAUGCAGUCAAACUUAAAACGAAGAAGGAGCGACAAAGGUCCAUGUAAUGUGACUCUUGACCAUAAUGGCUUUAUGGAUCUAAAUUAAAACGAGGCAAAACUACGUUCAACCCUCAGAUAGCGGGGAAGACGCGAAAGUGAAAGGAACAAGAAAAGUUGGCUGGGCUUUGGCUGGGCCGGAAAAAAGGAUUAGGACCCAGUUUCCUUUCGUUUUAUUUUCGUGUUUCGCGCCUUCUCAGACCUUUCAAUUCGAGGACGAGAACGACUACCAGUACGAGAUUUGAUUUAAAGUUUUUUCGCGUAUUGUCAAAAAAUAGACACCCCGGAAUUCUUCACUGUACUUUUUUUCUCUAGAAAAGUAAGCACUGUUAUCGUUAUUGAAGGAGGUUAAGACCUCUCUCCCGAUUACAGAAUGCUAAAACUUCUAACAUUUGAUAACUCGUUUCCGCCACUACGACAAUCUCGCUAAAACUCGUAGAAGAAUGCAUGACGACGGCUACCACAUUUUCCCGCCAAAAUGACGCUGGUUCUCGCGCGAGCACUACUUAGUAUUGAGAAAAUCUCGUUCUCGUAGUCGUACUCGUCGUAGAAUCUAAAGGUCUCUAAUUCAGCGGACCCGACUAUCUCGGAGCCUAGCUAGAACAGGCUAGAGGAGCGGACAAUUAUAUACCCAGGCAACAAAAACCAAGUUAAAGCAGUUAAUUACAAAAUUAAGAAAGCGUUAUCAGAAACUAACUGAAAAAAAUCUAGUGCUCGUUUAAAUAGUACAUUUUUUGAUUAUUCUGAUGAAUCAUAGUUUACCUCUAUUCAGCGUUUUCAACAAUUAAUUCUUUUUUACAAUGCUUUAGUACUCCGCUCAAACUUUUAGCCUCGUGGAGGGAAAGAUUUCCAUUCCCUUCAACUGUAAAAUGCAACGACAGUAUGCCACAGUAAUUUUAAACUGAGUGUGUUCCACCAUUGCUGUUCGUGGACAUAAAAGAUGCAGGUUUACGUAGGUAAUAGCUGUCAUUCACAAUUUUUCAGCAACAAACCAAUGUUUCUUUUUCAGUAUUGAGGGCCCUCGGAAUACCAACUCGCUCAGUAACAAACUUUGCCUCGGCUCAUGACUCGGAUGCCAGCAUGACAAUAGACUUCCAUUUUGAUGAGGAUGGAAAGCCGCUGAAAGAAUUGGACGACUCUAUUUGGUAAUAAGCUAGAUUAAUAUGCACUGACCUCUCAAAAGCCUGCGUCAUACAAAACUGUAAAAUGUAAACAAUGUCGAAUUUCUCUCAAACCUGGCUAUCGAAAAGAGCGCCGCGCUGUGAAGCAAGGUACGAGCUAGUCAAGAGAAAAUAAUCGAGAUUUAGUGUCUUCCCCCCUUCUCUCACUCGUCUUUACCCUCAGUCAGUUUCGGUAGAUAUGAGGCUGGUCAGUGUGUAACAGAAGAGUGGCAUGCGAAUUCUGAUUCCUGGCCUGUUAAUUUUAGGAACUUUCACGUGUGGAACGAGUCAUGGUUCAAGCGCCCCGAUUUACCAGACGGGCAUGAUGGGUGGCAAGCGCAUGAUGCCACGCCCCAAGAAACUAGUCACGGUAAGAAGAGAGAACGAUAUAUUAAUAUUUUAUAGUUUUGUUUCCUAUUAUUGAAAGAAAAAGAGUGGCAAAUGUAGCAAGAAUUUCUUUUAUACUUGAAGGUCAUCUAAAAAUGCGGAAAAGUCUUUCUCGUGUUUUUCAGUUUUUAGGGACUCAAAUCCAUGUCUUACAACUGUGAAAAACACUAUACAACGCUGUUGUUACAUGUCACCAGUCCUAUGGCUUUAUUUUCUUACCCUAAGUACUGAAGUCACAUUAGAAGUCAACUCAUGUCCAAUUAUAUAUUGCAGUGAAUAAACAGAUUUAGUAAGGCCUUCAUACUUGCCAUAUAAAUUGUCAAGUUAUUCAAGAAGUCAGUUUUUCUCUUUGUGAAAGAGCUACAAUUUCUAAAUAAACAAAAUUAAUAUUUCAAAAAAUACGUACUUAUCUCUAUAAGCUCACCUGAGGUCAGGCCCAUUCUUUUAGCAUUCUCUCUUUCGUGGUUGCGCUAAAACCAAAAAGAGCCUGAUCUCAGAUUAUUCAAAAGCUGAAAAUGAUUUACACGGUUUCAGGAGUGUUUCGAUGUGGUCCAGCCUCGGUGAAAGCCGUGAAACAAGGAGAGGUAUAUUUACCGUAUGAUACCAGCUUCGUGUUCGCUAAGGUGAAUGGUGAUCGAGUAUUUUGGGAAGUGGAAGAAGGCGGCCCCAUGAAACCUAUUCGUGUAGAUAAGAAAUGCAUUGGGAAGCUGAUCAGCACUAAAGCGGUUGGGAGCGACGACAGAGAAGACAUAACUCACGAGUACAAACAUCCUGAAGGUAUAUUAGCUUUAAGCAAAGAGACCUUGUUUAUUGUAACUGUCUGUGUUCUUAUUGUCGCCGCCCAGGGCCAACGGAAGCUCGAUCCGCCGUUAAUUAUCUCGUUUCCGUGGAAGUAGCGCCAAAAAGGUAUUUUAUUUCGCCUCAGUUUUCUUCCACGAAUGGCUAUUAAACUCGUGGUUAUUUCAAGAAAUCUUGUAAGGUAUUGCCGAAACUUUCAAAAUUGCAGGUCAAUUGGAAAUGCUGAAUCCUUUGGAGAAAUUGCCUAUAAAUUGACAAAAAAUAAGUUAAACAUGUGCGUUAACAAAUGCUUUCAUAUAAUUGAGUGGCCGACUUUAGAUUUUCUUAAAAGCGUACAUUGGCACCAGAUAAAAACGUGUCCACUCUAAUUAACGCUAUCGAGAACAGAAAGAAGAAAAUCAACAUUACUGGACAUUAUAUACAGCAGGCUUCAGAUUCAUAUGCAAUAAUCAACAAUUAUUUCUCGAGCUUGAAUGGGCUCUGAGUCAAUAGCCCAUGAGGCCAAAGGCCGUAUGGGCUAUUGACUCAGAGGCCAUGAGGGCGAGAGGAACAAUUCUUUUAGUAAAAUCCAACUGGUUGGUCAAAAAUAUCGAGAUAAAACAACUUUAGCUAGUAAAAUGAGAUUCAGCCGUUGUCUUGGUUUUCAAAGCCGGCGCUUUUUGUUACUAGUGGGCUAUAACAUAUAGCUUAGUAGUAGCUCAACUAAUCAGAACGCAGCAUUGAUAAUAGAGCACUAGCUGGAUUUUACUAAUUAUGUUUUUUCUUUACCUUAGGUUCCAUAGCAGAGCGACGUGCGGUGGAGCUGGCAUACAAAUUCAGCAGCCGUAAAGACCAAGCAAUUUAUAAACUACCAGCUGAAGACGUUAAGUUUACAUUUGAUCUCCCGGAAGAUGUACCCAUAGGAAAGGUUGUAAGUGUGGCACUGAAGAUGAAGAACACCACUUACCAGAGCCGUACAGUUAAGGGUAAAAUGACAGCAGUGAUUGGAUUUUACACUGGUAUACCCUGCAAAGAUUUGAAGGAGGAAGAAUUUGACAUG